AUGACCGUAAAAAUCCUCCCUGUAAAUAAUACUGCCACCCAACAAACUAAAUCUUGUUUCCUUUCUAAGAAUGAACAAAUUGCUGAAGAAGAAACAAUUUGGCUUAAGAAAAAGGAACGUUUUCUAACCUGUAAAGAAGCAAUUAAUAGAAUCAUGUGGGAUUCUGAUUUAAAUGAUGCCUAUCUUCACUUGUCAAUGAUUUACAAAGACAGAUUUGAAGGUGACACUUUUAUUUCAUAUGAAGAAUUCUUAAAUAGUGAUUUGGCUGAAGAGCUUCCACAACAUCGAAUUCAACAAUUGAUUUAUAGAGAUGAAUAUGUAUUCUGGGAUAAAAAUAUCAGAAUUGACAUGUUGUCAAAUGGUCAAUUGGGAGAAUUGAUUUCCAAAUUUAAAAAGGAAGAACAAGAAAGACUUGCUAGAGAACAAGCUGAAUUCACAACUGUUUUACAACCAACAACUCAAGAAAUCUCAACUUUAAAAUCUUGUUCACAAAAGAAGAAUAAGAAGAAUAAGAAAAUUAUGAAGGAAUUUGUUAGAAAUCAAGAAACAGGCAAACAAAUUGUUUCAUCUAUUGACGAGGAUGAUGAGUAUGAACAAUAUAUGGAAGAAUAUGAUGAACAAUAUUCAAUCUAUUCGAAAUAUUAA